AAAAACUUUUUCAAAAAACCGGUAACCGUCAACAAUACAAAAACCUUUUAUUGUGUUUUGCAUUACUUUUUAACCGAAUAAUUUGUUUUAAUUAUUGAUUUUAAAGCGCGUCAAUUUUAUUACUUAACAAUAAAGUUGACGUGACAGUUAAAUUAAACAGAAACUGUAUUCAAAAACAAUGUCUCAACAGCAAACAAAAAACUGUAUCACAUUGCGAGGCUCAGCGCAAAUACUUUGUGAAUAUUUAAAAUUUGCCAUAAACUCAGUAUUAUUUCAAAGAGGCUUGUACCCACCUGAAACUUUCAAAGCCGAGCAACAGUAUGGAAUAACUCUCCUUCUUUCAGAAGACCCUCUUAUAAAGGAUUUCUUAACAAAUUUACUGACACAAAGUGAAGAAUGGAUUGUCAACAAGAAAGUGGACAAAUUGUCCUUAAUAAUAUUAAAUGUCGCCACCAAAGAGGUUUUAGAGUGUUGGGAUUUCAAGGUUCAGUAUGAAGACGGUGAUGUUGCCUUAUCCAAAGAAAAGAAUGAGACAGUCAGUAGCAAAGACUUAAAGAAGAUAAAACAGGAAAUUCGCGAUGUUAUGCUACAAAUUGCCGCAACUAUUUCUUACCUACCAUUCCUUGACUGUCGAUGCUCGUUUGAUGUCUUAGUGCAUGCCAAACCUGACUGUGAUAUUCCUGAGAAGUGGGCGGAAGCCAAGCCAGUGGAAAUCACAAAUGCUCAAAAUGUACAGUUAAAAUCGUUCUCUACUAGCUUAAACAAAAUGGAAACUAUUGUUAGUUAUAAGCUUACUGAUUAGGAGUUGUAUACCUCAGUUGUUUCUAAUAAAAAGUAGAAACUUUGGUUGUUGAUGUAAUGUUGUUAAAUAAUAUUUAUUCAUUUAAAUUGAUAAAACCCACAUAUUAAGUAUAACUUAACGCUUUGAUUUUUGUUGUUCUAUAAGAACAUGUUCUGUUCCCAUAGCCUAUCGUAUUUAAACAGUUUUACACCUAAUUAUACAAAUUAUUCAAUAAUUUUAUUGAUAGUGAGUAACUGAUAGUACAAAUUACACUUGUGGGUUUUUAUUCUAAUAUCAUACAAUAACUUUACCAUUUUGUGUUGAAACAAGUGUUUAUUAUAGAAUUUUAAUUAACAGUGAAUGGGUUCAGUAACUAUAAAUAGAUUUUUGUAUAAAAAGGGAACAUGUAUCAGAAAAACUGCAGUCCAGUUUGUCGUUUUAUUUAUGUUUUCCAAAUUUGACAAGGCUCAAAUGCGUUGUAUGUGAAUGUCUUGUCUUGUAAAUAAUGGAAUAUAGACUCAUAAGUAAUUGUUUUGGUUAAGCUUGCAGUUAUAAUAUAAGACGCAGAUCAAUACUUUGUGAUCACAAUCUUAUCGAGGCUCAAUGUUGCGCAGAUAACAUUACUAUUGUUUUAUAGCAGCUAUGGUCUUACAAGGUAAAGUGUAACUUACUUAAUUUAGCUUUGACCUAGGUUCAAUAAAUAUUGUUGUUGCCUUUUCAAAUCAACAAUUAAUUAAGUAAAGGUAUCACAAAAACUAUGUGCCCUGUAGAGGCAUGCAAUUAUUUAAAUACAGUUUGUAAUAUAAUUGUAUAGUAAUAAAUGCAUGAACAGAG